GAAUGUCCCAUCCUCAUCUUUGUAUCGUUCCAAGUCAACAGUGUCAUGUUUGCAAAAAGCAGCUCAGCUGUGAAUACCCUGCAUCUGAGAAAUCAGACCAGACUGACUCACAGGGCUCUGUGAGCCAGUGCCACCGAGGCUGCCAAAGCAUGCUGGUGCCAAGCUGUCCCACCAUGCACAGAGCCAGACCCACGCUGCUGCUGCCGCUGCUGCUUGUCCAGGGUCUGCUCCUCCACCUUGCCGACGCUCAAACACCACCAAAGUUUUUAAGAACCCCCAAUGACCAAACAGGCGUGCAGGGAGGUGUGGCAUCCUUCAUCUGCCAAGCCACAGGAGAUCCACGGCCGAAGAUUGUGUGGAACAAGAAGGGGAAGAAAGUCAGCAACCAGAGAUUUGAGGUGAUUGAGUUCGAUGACGGCUCUGGUUCAGUGCUAAGAAUUCAGCCAUUGCGCACGCCCCGAGAUGAAGCCAUAUAUGAAUGCGUUGCCUCCAACAGUGUUGGAGAGACGAGCGCUACCACCAGACUCACUGUUUUACGUGAGGACCAGCUGCCCCCUGGUUUCCCCACCAUAGACAUGGGCCCACAGUUGAAAGUGGUGGAGCGAACACGCACUGCCACCAUGCUCUGUGCUGCCAGCGGCAACCCUGACCCAGACAUCUCCUGGUUCAAAGACUUUCUUCCUGUCAACACCACCAACAACAAUGGACGCAUUAAACAGCUCAGAUCAGAAUCCUUUGGUGGUACACCAAUAAGAGGAGCCCUCCAGAUAGAGCAAAGCGAAGAGUCUGACCAGGGGAAGUAUGAAUGUGUGGCAACCAACAACGAUGGAACCCGUUAUUCUGCCCCAGCAAAUCUCUAUGUCAGAGAGCUACGAGAAGUGCGCCGGGUGCCACCACGAUUCUCCAUUCCACCUACAGACAAUGAGAUCAUGCCAGGCGGCAGUGUUAAUAUCACUUGUGUGGCAGUAGGCUCUCCCAUGCCAUAUGUCAAGUGGAUGCUGGGUGCUGAGGACCUUACCCCAGAGGACGACAUGCCCAUUGGACGUAACGUCUUGGAGCUUACAGAUGUCCGGCAGUCAGCCAAUUACACAUGUGUGGCCAUGUCAACCCUUGGGGUGAUAGAGGCAGUGGCACAGAUAACAGUAAAAGCAUUACCCAAGGCUCCUGGCAUUCCUGUAGUAACCGAACGCACAGCAACCAGCAUAACAUUGACUUGGGACUCUGGUAAUCCUGAACCAGUGUCCUAUUACAUCAUCCAACACAAGUCCAAGUACUCAGACGACUUGUACAAAGAGAUUGAUGGCGUAGCCACCACCAGGUACAGUGUGGGAGGGCUCAGCCCUUACUCUGACUAUGAGUUUCGGGUGGUGGCGGUUAACAACAUUGGACGAGGGCCGCCCAGCGAAAGCAUCGAGGCCAAAACAGCAGAGCAGGCCCCGAGCACUGCCCCAAGGCAGGUCCGAGGUCACAUGAUGAGCACCACAACAGCAGUCAUCCAGUGGGAUGAACCAGAGGAGGCUAACGGACAGAUCAUGGGCUACAGAGUCUAUUACACCAUGGAUGCGUCUCAGCAUGUUAACCUCUGGGAGAAGCAGAUUGUGCGGGGAUCCAACUUUGUCACCAUCCAGGGCCUCAUUCCAAAUAAGACGUAUUACAUCAAGGUUUUGGCCUACACAUCGGUAGGUGAUGGGCCCCUCUCUCCAGACCUGCAAAUCAUCGCUAAAACUGGAGUUCCCUCCCAACCGACUGACUUCAAAGGAGAAGCCAAAUCAGAAACAAGUAUUUUACUUUCAUGGAACGCUCCGGCACAGACUGGACAAGAAAAUUCAGUCACGGGAUAUGAGCUCAUGUAUAGCAAGAAAGACGACAGAGAGGAGAAACAAAUCAGCUUUGAACCAACAACAACAUACCUUCUGAAGGACUUGAAGCCCUUCACUACUUAUACUUUUCGGCUGGCAGCCCGUAGUAAACAUGGAGUUGGAGCUUACACCAGUGAGAUAUCUGCAGAAACUCCACAGACACAACCUGCAGGCCCACCUCAGGAAGUCAAGUGCUCUAGCCCCAGCUCCACCAACAUCCUGGUAAGUUGGCGGCCACCCCCAGUGGAAUUGCAAAAUGGGAUCAUAACGCAGUACACCAUCCAGUAUACUGCUACUGGAGGGGAGGAUACUACUACCUAUCAAAUCUCCAGCAUCCCUCCAGAAAGCCUUGAAUACCUUUUGGAAAACUUGGAAAAAUGGACAGAGUACCGUGUGACGGUCAAUGCUCAUACAGAUGUUGGAGCAGGACCGGAGAGCCUUCCACAGCUCAUCCGCACAGAGGAGGAUGUUCCUAGCGGGCCACCUCGUAAAGUUGAGGUGGAGGCUGUCAACUCCUCAUCAAUUAAAGUGAUCUGGCGUUCACCGGUGCCCACCAAGCAGCACGGUCAGAUCCGAGGAUACCAGGUGCACUAUGUCAGGAUGGUUAAUGGGGAGCCCACAGGACAGCCAGUCAUCAAGGACAUCCUGAUUGAUGAUGCCCAGUGGGAAUAUGACGAUUCUACUGAUCAUGAAAUGAUCAUCACAGAGCUGCAGGCCGAGACCACAUACUCCGUUACAGUGGCAGCUUAUACGACAAAGGGCGAUGGUGCACGCAGCAAGCCCAAACUAAUCACCACCACUGGCGCAGUUCCAGAGAAACCUCGGCUAAUGGUCAGUACAACCAACAUGGGCACAGCUCUCCUCCAGUGGCAUCCCCCAGCAGUAACUCACGGGCCCCUGCAAGGCUAUCGCCUUCGCUUUGGCCGCAAAGAUGUGGAUCCACUCACUGUAAUUGAGUUUCCAGAGAGAGAGAACCACUACACAACCAAAGAGAUCCAUAAGGGAGCCUCAUACACUUUCCGCCUUUCAGCACGCAACAAGGUGGGCUUUGGUGAAGAGACAGUCAAAGAAGUAACCACAAAUGAGGAUGUUCCCAGUGGCUACCCUCAGGACAUUAAAGCAGAGGGCGCCACCACCUCCACCAUCCAGGUUAGCUGGCAAGCUGUGUUCCUGGCAGAGCGAAAUGGCAAAAUAGUGAAAUACGCUCUGCAGUAUAAAGACAUCAACAGUCCACGCAGUCCCUCAGAACUCUUCAUCACUGCCCCGGAAUCAACAGUCAUCCUGGAUGGCCUUAGGGCUGACACCACUUAUGAUAUUAAAAUGUGUGCCUUCACCAGCAAGGGCUCUGGUCCCUAUAGCCCAAGUGUCCAAUUCAGGACACAGCCUGUGGAUCAAGCAGUGUUUGCAAAAAAUUUCCACGUGAAAGCUGCUACGAAGACAUCGGUGCUACUCACAUGGGAAAUACCAGAGACCUACAACCCUGCACAACCUUUCACUAUCCUCUAUGACAAUGGGCUGAGUGUGGAAGUGGAUGGAAAGUUAACACAGAAACUAAUCACGGGCCUUCAACCAGAGACGCAGUAUUCUUUCCUCUUGACUAACCGUGGGAACAGUGCUGGAGGUCUCCAGCAUCGCGUGUCCACCAAGACUGCCCCAGAUGUUCUCCGUACCAAACCCUACCUGAUUGGCAAGACCAACUCAGACGGUAUGGUGACUGUAGAGCUACCAUCAGUGCAGACAUCUGAUAAAGUAAGGGGAUAUUAUAUCGUGGUUGUACCUCUGAAGAAGCAGCGCACUGGAAAGUUUUUCAAACCCUGGGACAGUCCAGAUGACAUGAAUCUGGAAGAGCUGCUGAAGGAGAUAAACCAAACAAGCAGAAGCCUUCGGUUCCAGCGACACGCAGAACCCAAAACCUAUAUUGCAGCUUACUUCAAAGACCUGCCCAAAGAAUUCACCCUGGGAGACGGCAAGGUCUAUGGGGAGUUUGAAAACAAGAAACUCCAGAACGGCCAGGAAUACAUCUUCUUUGUGCUUGCUGUUCUGGAAAUGUCUGAAAACAUCAUGUAUGCCACCAGCCCAUACUCUGACCCAGUGGUUUCAGCUGACAUAGACCCCCAGCCAAUCAUCGAUGAGGAGGAAGGCCUCAUCUGGGUAGUGGGUCCUGUGCUAGCGGUUGUCUUCAUCAUAUGCAUCGUCAUUGCCAUCCUCCUUUAUAAGAGCAAACCAGACAGAAAAAGAACAGAAUCUGAAGCCAGAAAAGGUAGUCUACCCAACAGCAAGGAAAUGCCGCUUCAUCAUCCAACUGAUCCCGUUGAGCUCCGACGUCUGAACUUCCAAACACCUGGUUCAGGUGCGCCCAGUUACCCCAGUAACCUCCAUUUGUCAAGUAUGGCCAGCCACCCUCCCAUCCCCGUCAUGGACUUUGCAGAUCAUCUAGAGCACCUAAAAGCCAACGACAACCUCAAGUUUUCCCAAGAAUAUGAGUCCAUUGACCCUGGUCAACAGUUUACAUGGGAGCACUCCAACCUGGAAGUCAACAAACCAAAGAACAGAUAUGCCAACGUGAUUGCCUACGACCACUCCAGAGUCUUACUCACUGCCAUCGAUGGUAUCCCUGGUAGUGACUAUAUUAAUGCCAACUACAUAGAUGGCUACAGAAAGCAGAAUGCAUAUAUUGCCACCCAAGGAGCUCUGCCAGAGACAUUUGGAGAGUUCUGGAGGAUGAUCUGGGAGCAGAGGAGUGCUGUCAUUGUCAUGAUGACCAAACUGGAGGAGAGAUCCAGGGUUAAAUGUGAUCAAUACUGGCCCACAAGAGGGACAGAGACAUACGGACUCAUCCAAGUAACACUGCUAGACACAGUAGAGUUGGCCACCUACUGUGUCAGGACAUUUGCACUUUUUAAAAAUGGCUCCAGUGAGAAGAGAGAGGUAAGGCAGUUCCAGUUCACUGCCUGGCCAGACCAUGGGGUACCAGAGCACCCCACUCCAUUCCUGGCCUUUCUGAGACGGGUGAAAGCUUGCAAUCCUCCAGAUGCAGGGCCCAUGGUGGUGCACUGCAGUGCUGGGGUGGGACGCACAGGUUGCUUCAUCGUGAUUGACGCCAUGCUUGAACGUAUCAAGCACGAGAAGACUGCAGACAUCUACGGGCAUGUAACACUAAUGCGUGCCCAACGCAACUACAUGGUGCAGACAGAGGACCAGUACGUCUUCAUACAUGACGCCCUCCAGGAGGCUGUCAACUGCGGCACCACCGAAGUGCCCGCCAGAAACCUAUACGCCUACAUCCAGAAACUGACCCAGAUAGAGGGUGGAGAGAAUGUCACUGGCAUGGAACUUGAGUUUAAGCGUUUAGCUAAUACUAAAGCCCAUACGUCACGAUUCAUCAGUGCCAAUCUCCCCUGCAACAAGUUCAAGAACCGCCUUGUUAACAUAAUGCCAUACGAGUCCACACGAGUGUGUCUUCAGCCCAUUCGAGGAGUUGAGGGUUCUGACUACAUCAAUGCCAGUUUCAUUGAUGGGUACAGGCAACAGAAAGCUUACAUUGCAACACAGGGACCACUGGCAGAGACCACAGAGGACUUCUGGAGAAUGCUCUGGGAGCACAACUCCACUAUUGUCGUCAUGCUCACCAAGCUUAGAGAAAUGGGCAGGGAAAAAUGCCACCAGUACUGGCCAGCAGAGAGGUCGGCCAGAUACCAGUACUUUGUGGUGGACCCUAUGGCAGAGUAUAACAUGCCCCAGUAUAUCCUGAGAGAGUUCAAAGUGACUGAUGCCAGGGAUGGACAGUCACGAACAGUAAGGCAAUUUCAGUUCACAGACUGGCCUGAACAAGGAGUGCCAAAAUCAGGAGAGGGUUUCAUCGAUUUUAUCGGCCAAGUACAUAAAACAAAAGAGCAGUUUGGCCAAGAUGGUCCCAUCUCGGUCCACUGUAGCGCUGGCGUUGGUAGAACCGGGGUUUUCAUCACCCUCAGCAUCGUCUUGGAACGAAUGAGAUAUGAGGGAGUAGUAGACAUCUUUCAGACAGUGAAAAUGCUCCGAACACAAAGACCAGCUAUGGUGCAGACAGAGGAUCAAUACCAGUUCUGCUACAGAGCUGGCUUGGAGUACUUGGGAAGCUUUGAUCACUAUGCAACGUAAAAGAUCCGGUAUUGAGAGAAAAAAAAGCAGAGGGCCCUUUGGAAAAAGAUAUCCCAGCGAGCCUCUCUUCUGAGCCAUAAAUUCCUGCUUGAGAAAGUACUCCUUAACUUUGCUAACAACUCAUUAAGUGUUGGAUGUGCGACAUGACUGUCAAAAAAAAAAAAAAAAAAUGAAAAAGAUGAUUCCCAGAGGACCAAGUAUUUCUCAACCCCAGUAAAACCUUGCCUUGGCACAAAGUGAGGGAAUCCUGACUUUUGAAGCAUCAUAUGGAAUUACCUUUUCUUUUGCUUCAAGGAUUCAUUUUGGGGCUCAUAAAACUAAAUGAAACCAACACAAAAAAGUAAAUGAACAAUAAUGACAUCGUCAGAAAUGCAUCAGUGAUUAUGAACCAUUACGAGAGGCAUCGGAAGCACACAAAAUUGCGGGGGGAAAAAACUCAAUGCACAUUGUAAAAAAAAAAAAAAAAAAAAAGACAAAAAAAAUCUGUUUCACAAUCAAGUCCACAUAGACAACCCAUCGCAAAGGAUGACAAUGCUUGAUCCACAAGAGCAGGACAGACUUAAAGUAAUAAUAAACACCCCUUUUCCCAUCACAGUGUUCAUCGUCCAAAUUUGGGGGAGAGGGUAAAGUUAAAAUGAUCUAUGAAAUAAAUAAAAAUUAUUGAUUUAGUUUUAUAGUUCUUUAUUAUACAGCUGAUGUGCUUUUUUUUAACUGUGUGAAUUUUCCUUUUUUACACAAACUUAUCACUUGGUAAAAAGUGGUAAUCGUACUUACAUAAAUGUUCUUUUUUUUUAAGCUGUAGAACUGUUCUAAUGUAUGUGCUGUUUUGCAGAGAGUCUCUUUGCUUUUUAUUUCAUUGUUGUCUCUCAGUUUGUUGCACAGGAUAGAAUUCACAAUACCAAAAUGUAACUUAGUUAUUUUUUUUGGUCAUAAUGUUUUUCCUUUCUUUUUUUUUUUUUUUUUUGUCCAUGUUCAUAUACAUGGUAACUUAAUCACUCCCAUGAGAUAAACUGGGGCUUUGUGGAAUCAACAGGGAUGAGCAAAGUAUGAAGUUGCUGCUACAGAUUAUCUUAGUUCUUCCAUGUUACAGUAUUGAUAAAGAGAAGCUGAUGAAUUGGACAAGAAUAUAUAAAGAUAAGGUUUAUAUUGUCAAAUAUAUGUGAAAUAUGUAUAUCAACUAUAAAUAUGAUCUAAAUAUAUUGAUAAAGUAUAUAAUUUAUGAGUAAAAGUAUAUGAAACAUGGGUUGUCCAUGAAAGCUUUCAGAGUGAGAGUGGGGUACUGUGGGGGAAAUGAAGAGAUUUUUUUCACUGGAAUGCACAUCAGUAGGACAAAACUGUAUUCUGAUUCAGUGCAUAUUUUCUUGUGCAAUAAAUGUGUGUUUCAGGUAGGGUUUUAUGUAGAUAUAUUUUCACUCAUGACAUUAUCCUCUGUCUCCCACACCCCCUCAACAUCAGUUGCCAGUCAAAGCAUCGCUGGUACAUUUUUCAAGCUCUCACAGUUUCUAGCAGGUGUCAACAUGCCCACAUUUACACUCCCCACAAUAGGGCAAGGUACAAAGACGUCACUUUCUUGUGGUUCUUUAAAGCAUUCAAUGGUAAUGACUUUUUUUUAUGUUUUUAAUUUUGCAUUUAGAGUGCCUUAUAUUUAUGCCUGUUUUUAUAAUGUUUUAUUUACCGUUAAUGUAUCCUUCGAUUAAUCUAGGCAUCUAGUGUAAAUGUAAAUGUAUAGUUUAUUUACCUCUAGUAUUCAUUUGUCACAUAAUGAGAUUAUAUAUGCAAAUAAGAACAUUUCAGAGGUCAUAUUUUUCAUUUGCAGUGGCCUUACUGUGGCUGAGUGAAUUAGAACAAACCAGUUUAUAAGUCACUGACCAAACAGUCAAAACAGCUACAAUACGUAUACUCUAGUACAUUCAGAUGGAGUCAGGGACUUCAGAAUACUCAACCCAGAUAUACACAGCAUGAGAGAUCCAUGUCUCUAAGUCAACUUUUAAUAAUAAUAAUGAGCGUUUAACCAAUUGUUCCCAGAGUUGCAUUUGAUAACAGAUUAGCUUAGCAAACUCAAAUUCCAAAACAGAUUUGGUAAAAGGAUGCAUAAUGCACAGGUCAUCACCGAAGGGUUUCUUCUUCAUGCCUUUUGACAACAUAUGCGUCACAAGAGAGCAGAUGCAGAGAGAAACAAAUUUGUUCCGUUAUCCUGACAAUCCUAUACAGCGUGCCAUGUCCAUUUUUUGUUUUCAAGUCAACAGGAGGAGGCAAAAAUGAGUUAGGAUUCAUCACUAAUCUCUCCAUACCCUCUUUGAUGGCUUUGUGGAUGUGCAUUCCAGGUGCUUUCUUUCCCUUGUUAAUUUAAGCAGCAAUGGGUUAUUAUUAACAAAUUUCCUUAUGUUUAUCAUAAUUUUGAUAUAUACAGUAAAAGUGCUAUUAUUUAACUUCAUGGUGACUAAUGUAACAUUAUUUUCAAGUCUCAGAACAUGUUUAUUUUCUCAUCUUUUCUUUUUUUUUUUUAAAUAGAUUUUUCAUAUGCAUGGGUGAAACAUUGCAGAGUGGCCAAAGCUGGCCUGGUAGGAAGACUUGCACUUUCUCUAUCUUUGUACUAUGCACUGCCCUAUUGAUUCUAAACCCAAUAAUAUAUUACUUGAACCCAUCUAUAGAAAAAAAAUUCUCCUGAAACGGUCACUUUGUGUGUAUGUAAAUAACACAAAAAAGGUAUCAACCCUUGAAAAAGACAAAAAAAGAAAAAAAAAAAAAAGUUUGUGGGGGAAAAAAGAGCAUCCAUUCAGAUGCCAUGGUAACUCCAGCAGAUGACUUCAGAUAAAUCUGUCCCCCAAACCAUCUGUUCUUGUGGCUUUGCCAUUCAAGCUUGGAGUGUCAUUAACAGAAAUAAACGUUGUGUUCUCUGCUCUCUAUCUAUCUCUCGUCUGGAUGCAUAGACUGAAAAUUAAAUAAUGAAAUUGUAAAAAAAAAAAAAAAAAAAAAAAAAAAAAAGGCUUGUUAAAAAGAUCAUACAAUUACCUCUGAUUAGUUGUAAGCGUAAAAUGUUUUGGGUUUUUUUCUGAAUGAAAGGAGUGCUUUUUAUUUUCUUACUUAGGUUACAUUGGUGACGAAAGAAGUCUGUACGAAAAUCAGUUCUUUGCUGACACAAGUUCCAUUUGUUAUAAAUGAAUUCUAUUAAAAAAUGUCAGUGUUA